AUGAGCCGCUCUGACUCUCAAGAGAAACUCUCUGAGUCAGAUGAACAAUAUGUUAAGCUCACACACCGCGAGCACGUCCUUACUCGCCCUGAUUCUUACAUUGGUUCCAUUGAGCCACGUGAAUGCAAGAUGUGGGUUUGCAACGAAGACGGAAAGUUCGAAUUCAGAGAAAUAUCCUAUGUUCCAGGUCUCUACAAGAUUUUUGAUGAAAUUCUUGUUAAUGCUGCCGAUAACAAGCAGAGAGACCCUCCAUUAACAACGAUCAAAGUUGAAGUUGACCCAGCUCAAAACAGAAUCUCAGUAUGGAACGAUGGUAAAGGUAUCUCCACCCAAAAACAGUUCAGCCCUAAUGAUAAUUGCGAAUAUUACAUUCCAGAGUUCAUUUUCAGCCAGCUUUUGACUUCAUCCAACUACAAUGAUAAGCAAGAGAAAGUUACAGGUGGCCGUAAUGGUUACGGUGCUAAACUUGCCAACAUUUUCUCUAAAAAGUUCCAUAUCAACAUCUACAAUGCUGAUGAAGGAAUCAACUACCAGCAGACAAUUACAGACAACAUGACCAAUAUCCAACCUCCUAAGCUGAAGAAUGGAAAAGGAAAAGGUUCAUACACAGAAAUCUCCUUCUGGCCAGAUCUCGAGCGUUUCAACUUACAGACGAUCACAAAGGAUCACGUCGACCUCAUCAGACGUCGUGUUUACGAUCUUGCCGGUAUUCUUCCAAAAGUCAAAAUUUUCUGGAAUGGAAACCAAGUUCCAAUCAAGAAAUGGGAAGAUUACUGCAAGGUUUACCUCAAGGAAGAUGUCAAGCCAUUAGUUUGUGAAGUAAAGAACGAGAAAGGCUACACAUGGAAGAUCGGUGUUGCUCCAUCAAAGAGCCGUGAAUUCCAGCAGAUUUCCUUCGUCAACUGCGUCGCCACAUCCAAUGGUGGUACACACGUCGAUGUUGUCGUUAACCAAAUCACAAAAUACAUCACAGAUUACUUGAAGAACAGAAGAAGUGGCAAAGUCGAGACAAAGCCAAGUGUUGUCAAGAACUUCCUCUACGUUUUCGUUGAUUCUCUCGUUAUCAACCCAUCAUUCGAUUCCCAGACCAAAGAGAGAUUAACACUCGACCAGAAGAAGCUCAAAGACGAUUGCAAGCUUCCAGACAACUUCCUCGACAAGAUCCUCAAGACAGACAUCGUUGCUCUUGUUACAGAAUACGCCAAUUUCAAGGAACAGCGUAAAGUUGCCAACAUGAAAGGCACAAAGAAAGGCCGUCUCAUCAUCAACAAGCUUGAAGACGCGAACAUGGCCGGAAAAGCCGAAUCUCUCAAAUGCACUUUAAUUUUAACCGAAGGUGACUCAGCUAAAGCAACCGCCGUUACAGGCCUUGCCACAAUUGGUCGUGAUUACUACGGUGUCUUCCCAUUGAGAGGCAAACUCCUUAAUACUCGUGAUAUUUCCGCAAAGAAGCUUUCCGAGAAUGAUGAAAUCCAGAACAUUAUCAAGAUCAUGGGUUUGGAUCCAAUGGAGAAGUACGAAAACGAUGAUUCCAUGAAGAGAUUGAGAUACGGCUCAAUCAUGAUCAUGGCCGAUCAAGAUGUCGAUGGUUCCCACAUCAAAGGUUUGAUCAUCAACUUCGUACACUCAAUGUGGCCGAACUUACUCAAAAAGAGGAACUUCAUCACAGAAUUCAUUACUCCUAUCGUAAAAGUGACAAAGGGGAACAACAAGAAAGGUGCCAUUUCCUUCUUCACCAUUCCAGAAUUUUCACAGUGGAAAGCAGCCAACAACAAUGGCAAAGGCUACAAGAUGAAGUACUACAAAGGUCUUGCUACAUCCACAGCAGAAGAAGCCAAAGAAUACUUCUCAAACAUCUCCAAGCACAAGAAAGUUUUCAUUUACACGAAUGAAAACGAUGAAGAAAGGAUCAACUUGGCAUUCGCAAAGAAGAGAGCUGAUGACAGAAAGAACUGGCUCGCACAACUUGAUGCAAAUGAAACAUAUCUUGGUACAAAAGAUACACACAUCAAGUACAGUGAUUUCGUCGAUAAAGAACUCAUUCUUUUCUCUUCUUACGCGAACUAUCGUGCAAUUCCUUCAUCAAUCGAUGGUUGGAAGCCAGGCCAGAGAAAGAUCUUAUGGGUCUGUCUCAAGAACAACAUCAAGAACGACUUGAAAGUUGCUCAGUUAUCAGGUAAAGUAUCUGAACAAGCAGCUUAUCACCAUGGCGAAGCAUCACUCAACGAAACAAUCAUUGGCAUGUGCCAGGAUUUCGUUGGCUCAAACAACAUCAACGUUUUCCAGCCAAUCGGUAUGCUCGGUACAAGACUUGCUGGUGGUGAAGACUCUGGUUCUCCACGUUACGUAUACACCGCUCUUGAAAAGAUCACGAGAACAAUCUUCAUGAAGGAAGAUGAUGACUUGUUGACAUACAAUACUGAUGAAGGUCUUCCAAUCGAACCAGUCACUUACAUCCCAAUCAUCCCAAUGGUUCUUGUUAAUGGCGCUAAAGGUAUCGGUGUCGGUUGGUCAAGUGAAGUUCCUCAGUAUUGUCCACAAGACAUCAUCGACAAUCUCAGGAGAAAGAUGAAUGAUGAACCAAUGGUUGAAAUGACACCAUGGUACUCAGGAUUCACAGGAAAGAUCAUUCCAAUCCAAGUAAUCAAAGACGGUGUCAAACAGCCAAUUGUUAAAUGGGAAUCUCGUGGUAUUGUCAAGAAGAUUGAUGAUACAACAAUCGAGAUUACUGAAUUACCAAUUGGUAUUUGGACAUACGAUUACAAGAAAUUCUUGGAAGGUUUGACUGUCGGAGAAUCAUUGAAUCCACACAAGAAACUCGCAGACAGAAAGGCAGCUGCAGCAAAGGCAAAGAGAACAAAGAAGAAAGCUGCUGCAGGUGAUGACCCAGUUGAACAGGCCGAUGUCGAAGAAAAAGUUAAUCUCGGUGGUCCAAAGAUCUCCGAAUUCAGAGAAUACCAUACAAACGUUUCUGUUCACUUCAUCAUUACUGUUGAUGAUUCUCAGAUGAGAGAAAUCGAGUCUGUCGGCUUGAGAGAAUUCUUCAAACUCAAGUCUUCAAUCACUGCCACAAACAUGACACUUUUCAAUGCACAGAACAAGAUUGUUCAGUUCAACUCUCCUUUGGACAUCAUCAACGACUACUAUCCAGUGAGAAUGAAGUACUACGAAGAGAGACACAGAUAUUUAAUCGACGCUCUCCAGUUGCAGUACAAGAAACUCUCAAACCAAGCUCGUUUCAUCAGAGAAGUUAUUGCAGGAAUCAUCAAAGUCAACGGUGUUCCAAGAGCAACAAUUCUCGCUGCUUUGGAGAGAGGAAACUACGAUCUCUAUGAUGAUAAGGAACUCACGAAACGCAUCAAGUUCGCUGAUGAAGUUAUCCAACAGCACAAUGAAGAAGAAGAAGAACAGAACGAGUUCAAGAGUGAAUCGAAUGCAGAUCAUUUGGCAUUGCUUGAGAAAGGUUAUGAUUACUUGCUCGCAAUGAAGAUCUGGACAUUGACAAAAGAAAAAGCAGACAAAUUGGAUGACGAAGCCAAGAAGAAGAACCAAGAAUUGGAAGAAAUGCUCAAGAAGAAGCCAAUCGAUUUCUACAAAGAAGAUCUCGAUAAAUUCGAAGUCGAAUGGAAGGCUUUCGAGGCAAAGAGAGAAAAGACUCGUCUCGAAAACGUCGCUGAUGCAGAGAAAGUCAAUAGGAAGUCAAUCGCAAAGAACAAGAAGGCUGCAGACCAGAAGAAGGCCAAACAACAGAAGAAGGAUGCAAAGGCGAAACAAGAAGCAGCUGCUUUGCAAACAGCAAAUGGAGAAGAGCUCAAACAAGAAGUCGAAAACCAGAUGCCAACGAAAGAAGAAACAGUUGUUCAGGAAUCAGAUGAUGACAUCAUCGUAAUCAAUGAAGACGUCAAGAAACCAAAGAAAGAAAGAAAACCAAAGGCUGAGACAACAACACCUACAAAAGAAGGCGAAGAAAAGCCAAAGAAGGAAAGAAAACCAAGAGUUAAGAAAGAAAAGAAAGAAGGUGAAGAAGAAACAGAAGAAAAGAAACCAGCAGCAACAAAGGUAAAGAAAGAAACAACUGAAACAGAAACAAAGAAGAAAUCGAAGACAACAAAGAAGUCAAAUAAGUCUGCUUUCGAAGAUGAAGACGAAGAUGACGAUGUCGAUGUAGAUUUAGAGGAUUCUGAUGAAGAACCAGUAGAAACAAUCGCUUCAAGACUCGCGUCAAGAAGAAAGACUGAACCAAAGAAACAGGCAAUUUUGGAGGAAUUCUUCUCUGGAAAGAAGAAGGACGGUGAAGACGGCGAAGAAGAGGAAGACGAGGAUGAUGACCAGGAUGAAGAUGAUGACGGAGAUGACGCUUGGGAAGAUGAUGAGUAA